AUGUACCACCUGACUGUGAGCAUUGUCCUGGCGGCAUUCAUCGCCCUGGCCCACUCGGCCGAAGAAGUUAAUGUGGGCGGCUACCUGAGCAAGGCGCAGGAGAACGUCGACCAGCUGUCGGUGCACUGCUUCAAACCCAGCGACGACGACACCAUCUACAAGUACAGCAUUCCUCACCUGAACGAAUCCCAGGGCGUCAUCGACUUCGCCAAGUUCAAGGGCAAGCCGCUGCUGCUGGUCAACGUGGCCACCUUCUGCCAGUCCGCCUCUGAGUACCCGGUGUACAACAAGUUUGUAGAGAAGUACGGCAGCCAGAUUGAGAUUGUCGGCUUUCCCAGCAACCAGUUCUGGAACCAGGAGCCCUCCGCCAACGCCACCGAGAUCUACAACGCCAUCCGCUACGUCCGUCCCGGCAACGGCUUCGUGCCCAAGUUCGCGCUGACGAAGCUGGUGCAGGUGAACGGCGCCGGUGAGAGUCCGAUCUUCUCCUUCUUCAAGCGGUCGUGCCUCUCCACGCGCACCCGCUUCGAGUCGGCGGAGUACCUGCUGUACGCGGAGAAGAACGCCCGUGAUGUGCGCUGGAACUUUGAGAAGUUCCUCCUGAACCACGAAGGCCACGUCUACAAGCGCUUCGACCAGCACUUCAAGCCAGAGGGCCUCAUUCCCGACAUUGAACACCUCAUUGCGGAGGCGAAGAAGGCUAAGAACUAA